AAAAAUAGGUACGCCGAUAUCCGCGUUUUACGGAACCGAUAAAUGUGCUAAAAUUCUGUGCCACGCUUUUUGAAGUUCACAUUUGGAGAGAUUUUUUAAAUAUUAAACUAAUAUAUCUCAUGGUUAUUACUUAAUAUGGAAAUAUUUUGACUUGCAAAAUUCGUACCAGUUAUUCUGAGUGGCAAACAGGUACUGUUAUUGUAAGUGUCAAAGUGAGUGGUAAGGAUCAUUUAACUUUUUUUUAGUGAUAUACAUAUUUAAGACAAAUAAACUUGGAACCUAUUAUUUAAAUAUUAUUUUUUUGAUUUGUUUUACAUUUCUAAAUUUAUUAAGAAACUCAUCAGUUGUAACUAUUUCAUGCUUUAAUGGUAUAAUGGGUCGACACAUAUUUAAAGGAGAAUUCAAAAAACAUUUAAUUAGUAAUUUUACAUUGCCAUCUAACACAAAUAUUGGGUGCAUGAAUGGACACGUUCUGUUUCUUUAUACUAGCAAUGGUGAGUUGUUUAGCAAAACAGUUGCAAAAGUCAAUGAGCAUUUUAACUUGAAUAUUUGCUCCAGUCAUAUCAAAAAAGUAGUGUACAUAGCCAAAAACUGGUCUAAAAAUUUUUUAAGAAAAUAUGAAAGUUGUGUUGCAUUUUGUAAUGAGCCCUUUAUAAACCGUGAACCACUGAUUACAAUUUUAUCGCAGCCUAUCUUAAGUAACACUAAUUACACAAUAUCACAUUCUUCUGUUUUAUCAUUGUCAGAACACAGCAGUGUCACAUCUCUGAUACGUAAUGAACCUUCAUGUUCUGCUGGACAUGAAGCAAAUUUAACUACUAGACAGACUUCAAUAGAAAAAUUGAGCCCUAUCUUCUUACGAUUGAAAAUCGUAAGAAGAUAGCUUCAAUGAAAGCAAAAUUAUCCAGCCUGCCAUAUAAAUUAAAAGUUCUAAGGCAAAGUGUUAAAAGAAAAGAAGAUAUUAUAAAAGCCUUAAGAGCUCAGGUUAGAGACUUAAAACAUAAAAACCAAACAUAUUAUUACAGCAGGCAAAUUCGCAAUCUUAUUGCAUCAAAAAAAGCAAUAAAAAUUAAAGAGAGAGAAAAGUUUAGAAAGUUAGCUCUCAAACAUAAUGCUGCGAUUAGAAAAAAUAAUACGGAUAUUACUAGCUUAGAAGGACAAAUGGACGAGGACAAGAUAAGUAUUACAAAUACAACUGAUUGUAAAAGCUAUCCAUUAAAAAUGAGAAUGAUAAUAUACUGCAUGUUAUUGUGUAAUGUCCCAACAAGUAACAUUCCAUUUCUAGUAAGCAAAAUUGGGCAAUAUUUCAGUGUUAUUUUUUCUCACAUUCCUUGUCGUAGCACUAUUGAGCAAAUGGCUCGUGAGCUUGGCAGUAUUGCUGAUCUGCAGGCAGCUGAAUGGAUCAUUAGUAAUACUCAUCUUACUCUUGGGUUUGACGCAACUACACAAGAAGGUGUUCAUAUCAACAGUAUUCACUUAACUUCAAAUGAUAAAUGCCAGGUAAUUGCUGUUGAUCAAUUACCAGGUGGGACAGCUGUGGAUUAUGCGAACCAUAUAUGUAACGAAGUGGAUCAUACAGCUUUAGUAUAUUCAAACUUUCACUUGAAACCCUUUGAAGAAUGUCGUCGUAUGGUCAUAUCAAAUAUUUCAAACACAAUGUCGGACAGAGUAUCUGUUAACCAUCUUACAAUAAGAAAAAUUGGUGAAACUAGGGGUAAAAGUCUCAAUGAAUUAAACUGUCAUUUGCACCCUCUUGACACAAUUGUCACAUCGUGUCGUUCAGCAUUAAAGUCUCUAGAGCUUGAUAGCUGCGAAUUAUAUGGAAAUGAUUGUAUAGCUGCAAAAAUUGUUUUGGCUAUGAAUAAGAUGAGGUUCAAAGAUGGUAAAGGUGACCCAAAGGGAUUUGUUAAUUUUUUAGACAAUAAUAAACUACCACGAGGUAUCAUUCCAAGGUAUCGUGGAAAUCGCCUUCACAUUCUGUUUCACACUUGUUUUAUUUUUAUAAAACAUUAUAACAAAUUUUUACAUUUUUUAACUAUAGGAACAGUAAAAAUAAAAACUUUACAAAGGGUUCUGCGAGUAGCAUUUUGUAAUACAACUGCUAUAAAGCAAAUGUGUCUACUUGCUUUAUUUGGAAAACUUCUUACAGGGCCGUGGAUGACAAUGUUUUAUGUGUCAUCUGAGAAAGCAUAUUUUGAUCAUGUUGGUGGUAUCCAGAUUGUUAAAAAUGUUGUGCAAACAAUUAAAGACUGCAAAUGCGAUCCAGCUGCAAUAUUUUGCAGAACAACAGAUUUUUUUGGAAAUGCUCUCAAAGCAAAUGUGUUAGAACCAUUAACAAAAAUAUGUAGAAUUGAUGACGAGCUCAUUGCCAUGAUCUUGGCUUGCCUCAAUGCAAUAGAAGUGGUUUUAAAUCGACAGUAUAAGCGCUAUUUUUCCAUUACCAUUACAGAAGCACUUGAAAAAGAAACAGCUAGUGCAAGGCUUCAUAACAUAGAUAGUGAAGAGUUAAUGGGAAUGUUCAGUGCUGCAAAAGGAAGAUCUCCUAAUGCAUCUAUUGAUUAUAUAUCUUGCAAAUUACGAACCAAAAAGAAUGGGACAAUGGAUUAUCUGGAUAAUCUUGAUGACUUUUCUAGGAAAAUGGUAGUUCAGUGGUCUAUUCAGGCAGCACGUAAAAAACGAAUAAAAACUCGACUACAACAUACUGAAAUUAGAGCUGAGAUUUCUAAAAGACAGACUAUAAAACGCCAAAAAAUUGAUGAAAAAGAAAAAAGAAAGUUAGAGCAACAAUUAACAUUAUUAACUAUUAGUGAAAUUCUGAAUUUGUUUAAAAACUUAUCUACCAAGCAAGUUGAUGAUUUAAAUGAUGUUAUGUGUGAAAGAAUUGUUGGGAGAAAUCUUUGCCAUGAAUGGUAUGAUUCCGAUACAGCAAUGACAGUCUUGUAUAAUGGCAGAGUAGAAAAACUUAAAAAAGCUCAGAAAGAUAUUAUAUACACUAUUUCUUAUUGGACUAGAGAAGAAAAUGAUACUGAAGCAGUUGAUUAUUAUAUGAAAAAAUUCCAGCUAGUUGCUGACAUUGUAUCCGGUCAGAGGGGGAACCAUCUAUAACUAUCACAAAGCAUUGUGUGAUGUAUUUUGAGUUUUGCUUCUUUUUUUUAGGUUGUCAAAAAAAAGGAAGAGGGGGGGGCAACGACACGCCCCCUCGCCCAUCUACACCCUUGAAACAAAGGGUGCGCUGCUAGUGAUUUUGUAUAGUAGUAAAAUAUAAUUUUUGAUUUGAA